AUGAGCGAAACAAUACUUUGCAUCCUCCUCGUCACCUCCUCCGCUAAAGGCUCCAAUCUCGUCUACCACUGGCCCCCCGCACCGCAGACGAUCCCGCGCCUUGCGCGCCCACUCCCCACCCAAGACUUCCUCGCCUCCUUGGCAGACAAUCCCUGGCGCGCCGCGAACGGCGCAGACCCCGACAGCGCCGCGGCCAUGGAGGUCGCGGUGAAGGAGGCGACCAAAGGCGACACGUCCGAGUACUACUGGCAGCGACCGAGCGCGCGCAAGCCGAGGUCGGUCUCGUUCAGCCAUGCGCCCCCAAGGAGCCACCCGACCUCGCGGCGCGCGUCCCCGUCGAGGAGCGGCGACGGGCUCGGCGCGGACGGUGGUCCAUCGGGAGGCGGCGGAGAGGGCGGCGGGGCGGGCAGAGGGGGGAGCGGGAACCUGGACGAGUACGACGCGCUGCUGGGGUACCCGGCGGAGUUCCUCGCGCAGGUUCUGUGCCCGCAGAGCGGGAUGUGCCACCAGAAGUUCGAGCUCGUGGUGGACGACCUCGCGUUCGUCGGGCACCCGGUGUGUGCGGACGAGGACGGCCGGUGGAGGUUUCGCGCGGAGAAGACGCGGGGCGCGGCGGCUGCGUCGGUCGCGCGGGGGCGCGGGGGGAAGAAGGGCGAGGCGCAGGACGGGCUGGAUGGUGAGGGCGAGACUAGGCUUUUGACCCCGGACAGGAUGGAACGCGGGGAGGCGGGGCAGGGACGGAGCGGACGCGAUGAAGCUGGGGCGAGCGAGGCGAGGGCGUCGGGGAUGCAGACCUUCCACCUGGUCGUCGUGCUCGACCUCCCGGAUCCGUCGUCGUCCGCGUCGGGGAACAUCGCGCGAUACUUCGACACGAUCUACGAACAGAUUGCUUUCAACGUGACCGCGGUGUUGUACCAAGAACAGGUGCUCAACCACUAUGUGGAGGAGGAGUCCGAACGACUGAGCGCAUUGAAGGAAGACUACGCGAACAGAGGCGAGUCAUAUGCGGACUUCAUGUAUGAGGCUUUCAAAUGCUCUACAAUCGCCCCUGCGAUGAAGACUUUGUUUGAAUCUAUCAAGGACAACACCAUUGCCCGUAUCUCCCUCAACGACCUACCUCUGGAGCUUCAACUACCGCCUUACCUGGACUCCCUCCUCCACGCCGACGAAGAGAUCACCCCAGAAUACGACUACGAGGACCCAGACGGCGAACCCAACGCAUGGGGUCCUACCAUGAGCUUUGCUUGGAGACUCCCGGCUCUAACACCUUGGAAGGCACUUCUCCGCUUAGACGACGAGGAUGGCUACCAACUAUAUAUGCAACUGCGCUCCGCUCAGCUCAAUCCGGAGGAACGAGAGCUGGCAGAGCAACUCCUCAAAUUUCUCGAUUUCGCCUCAGUGAUGCUCAGCUUGGCCGAAAUGGCGAGCCUGCUCGACUGGCAUCUUGAAUCGCAAGUCUACCCAGCCGUCCGAUGGCUCGUCCUCCAUCGACGAGCUAAGAUCGUGGACGUCGUACACGGGAGCCUCAAAACGGUAUUCUCUGUCCCCCAGACAUUCCCGUCCCCUCUCGCCGUCCUGUCCGCCGAGUUCGAGCGCACCUUCGCCCACACCGACGUCCCUCCCCUCCCCAAGCUGCUCGCGAUGAUCUCCACCGCGACGCACAAGCAGUCCGCGAACCACUUCUACGCGACCGUCGUCGGCGCGAAGGACCUGAUCCCGCUCUACACCGACGUCGUGCUCUGGAUGCUCAAGCGCGACCUGCUCAUCCGCCUCCACCUCCGCAUCCGCAUCAUCGCCACCGAGCCGCUCAAGAAGCACGUCCGCAAGCAGUGGGAGGAGCAGGUCAUGCGCCGGCGGUCGCGGUCGCGCGCGCGCAGCAUCACUCGCGGGAGCCGCGGUGGGCGGGACGACAUCGUCGAGGACAUGGACGGGGAAGGAGACGACGACGAGAAGGCGAACUUUGCGCUGGAGACGGUGACGGAGAGCAGCCCGGUCGAGUACUGGGUGUCGCUCUCGCCAAAGACGGCGCGCAAACAGGCGCGGCAGCAGCCUGGGGACAGCGCGGGGACAAAAGCUAGGGACCGAGCGGAUGAGGAAAAGCGCGAGCGCGAUGUGGAGAAGCGGCGGAGACGGCGACGGGAGGAUGCGGUCGACGAGGAGGUGGGGUCGAGCAGCGCGGACGAAGUCAAGUGGGACGAGUACUACAACAACGGGGGCAACGACAACAUCGCGUCCAUGAUCAGCGAUCCUGCGCGCGCGACGCCGUUGGAGCGACGGUGGUUGGCGGGGAUGUCUGAGGGCAAAGACGCGCAGAUCGUCAGGCGGUUCGAGCGGAUACACCAGUACUUUGAUGGCAAAUGUUCCGACGACGAGAUCUUGUACAGGGCAGAAAUAUCGCGCAAACAGCUUCGAGAAGUUCUACAUCAUUAUGAGGAAUAUCUCCAAACAUUCCUCCACCCAUCUUGA